UACUGCGGCAAAACACGUUUCCCAAAUUCACGAGCUUUUCAAGUACGCAGGCGGUCCCACUCGAGCACCAGUCAUUAGUCAACGCCAUUGGAGGUGGAGGCAGAACGACUCAGCAGCUCUUACUCUGACGCCAUUCAAAUCCAUUUUCAAGGGCCUGUUUCCCCUUUCCUUUAUCUGGGUAAAGUAUCUCGUUGGAAGUUUGAUCCAGUUUGUUGGCUCGUCAUUCAACUAGGGCAGCAACACGAUGGUGAAGGAGACCGAGUACUACGAUGUGCUGGGUGUGAGCCCCACGGCUACCGAGGCCGAGAUUAAGAAAGCUUAUUACGUUAAGGCUAGGCAAGUUCAUCCAGACAAAAACCCCAAUGAUCCUUUGGCAGCUCAAAAUUUUCAGAUUUUGGGUGAGGCAUAUCAAGUGUUGAGUGAUCCUGCACAAAGACAGGCUUAUGAUGCUUAUGGGAAAUCAGGAAUUUCUACAGAAUCAAUUAUUGAUCCUGCAGCAAUCUUUGCCAUGCUUUUUGGAAGUGAGCUUUUUGAGGAAUACAUUGGCCAGCUUGCAAUGGCGUCCAUGGCUUCCUUGGAUGUCUUCACAGAAGGAGAAGAGUUUGAUACAAAAAAGUUGCAGGAGAAAAUGCGGACUGUUCAACGGGAAAGGGAAGAGAAGCUUGCUGGUAUACUCAAAGAUAGACUCAACCUGUAUGUCCAAGGAAAUAAAGAAGAAUUCAUCCAUCAGGCUGAGGCCGAAGUAGCAAGGCUUUCCAAUGCUGCUUAUGGUGUGGAUAUGCUCAGUACCAUUGGCUAUAUAUAUGCAAGGCAGGCAGCAAAAGAGCUUGGAAAGAAGGUGAUCUUCUUGGGCAUGCCAUUUGUUGCUGAGUGGUUCAGAAAUAAAGGACACUUUAUCAAAUCCCAAGUUACUGCUGCAACAGGUGCAAUUGCUUUGAUCCAGCUGCAAGAAGACAUGAAAAGACAGCUGAGUGCUGAAGGAAAUUACACUGAAGAAGAACUUGAAGAGUACAUGCAAUCACACAAGAAGUUAAUGAUUGAUUCCCUGUGGAAGCUCAAUGUGGCUGAUAUAGAAGCCACCCUCUCCCGAGUUUGUCAGAUGGUUCUACAAGAUAACACUGCAAAGAAAGAGGAGCUCCGUUUGCGUGCAAAGGGUUUGAAAACCCUUGGCAAAAUUUUCCAGAGGGUGAAAUCAGUUAAUGGAAAUGACAGUGAGAGUAUGUUAAGCGAUCCAAUCCACAAAUUGAAUAAAAGUGAACCAAGUAACACAAGUGCUACGUCGAACACAUCUGCAAGAUCUUUAAGCAACGAAGAAGGGCCUUAUAUUGCAUCUGGAGCCCAGAAGGAAAAAGGAUGGGCGAACAAGAAAAAUGUUGCUAUCUGCUUAAAAAGCCCAUACGUGGAGUCUCCCCAGUUUGCUGGAGCUCAAUUCAACAACUUCCCGAUGCCAACUGCACCACCUGGUGCUCACAGGCAACCAUAAGCAUGCGGGUAAUCGAGAGCAUCCAUAUUACAGUGGGUGCCGGUGUGUAUUUUGCUUGUCAACUGAUCAAGUAGUGUAUAUCAUUUCUUCAUUGUGUUGUAUCAUGUAGAAUUUUGUGGCUACCUAAUUCGAGCUGGCGUGGUUUUAUGUAUUUGGCCCAGAAUGAGAAAUAUACUUUGGCAUAGCAGUUGUGAUGAGUGAUUACAUCCGUUGGUCUACUAUUAAGUGAACUGUUUAGGAGUGCUUUUCCCAGGA